AUGCCAGCAAGCAUUCGCAGCCAUUCUCUUGCAGAGGAGACAGAUACUCCCAACAAGAGGAGAAAGGUCGAGCCAGCUGAGGAAUGCGUAGACGCGCUCCGAGCCGUGUCAGGGAUUGGCGAGCGAUCAAAGAACCUCUGGUUCGACGACGGCAAUGUCAUCAUUUCUGCCGAGGGCAGGGCCUUCAAGGUGCACGCAAGUGUCCUGAUGCUUCGUUCUGAAGUUCUUAAAGAGCUUCUGAACGGCCCGGCCCUCGCACGGCUUCCAGAGAGGCUGGAGGGCUGCCCUGUCCUGCGCGUGGAGGACAAAGGCCGCGACUUCGAAUAUCUGUUCACCAUCAUAUACAAUGGAGGAAACAGGCGAGCACUGAUUUCAUCCUUCGAGUAUUCUUAUAACAAUGCUGGAUGUAGUAGCUGGCUGAACAGCCAAAGGCCGCCGAUUGCGUAUGUCGAAUUUCGCGCGGUCGUGACUGUCGCCGUGAAGUACAAGGUCAAGGAGAUCAUCGACGAGGCGAUAUACAGGCUCUCGCGAGUGUUUUCCACACGCAGUAUAGACGAUUGGAAUCCCUAUCUUAAACCUGACGGUGACAAGACACCUAUCGCUCUCGAUGAAAACGACUGCAUCGACGUCCUCCGCGUCGCCCGCCUCUUAAAUAUGCGUUCAAUACUUCCGCUGGUAUUCUACGCAUGCUGCAACAUUGAAGAUCGGCAAAUAACUGCGGGGGUUUUCUACUACGAGGACAAUUCAGACUUAGCCCGAUUUAACGAAGACGACUUGCACACAUACCUCAAGGGCCGCUGCACACUUAUAAAAGAGUCAAUGAAGGUCAAGAGAGCAUUACAAGAGCUCGCGAUUAGUAUACGCGCUGCCCUUUGCCCCUCGAAAUCACGAUGUCGCUACGCACUCCAAAAGCUGUGUCUCGCCGCGCUGGACGCUGAUUUCUAUCACAAACCAUCGGCGAUCGAUUCUGUGGAUAGGUGGCUUGAUGUUACCGAAGAGAAGCGGAACGCGAAACUUUGCCAGCACUGUGAUGGAGUCCUCAGAAAUCUCAUCAACGAACGGCGGGAGGAGGCAUGGCGCAAACUCGGGAAAAUCUUUGGCAUUGAAGAAUGGCCAGCUGGGCAGUCGCAAGAAGGCGAAGAUAAUUAUGCGACUGCCGCCGCAUCCUAA